GCGGAUGGCCCGAGGCACUUGCAGCGCGGGCCGGUCCGGGUGGGGUUCUACGACAUCGAGGGCACGCUGGGCAAGGGCAACUUCGCCGUGGUGAAGCUGGGGCGGCACCGGAUCACCAAGACGGAGGUGGCUAUAAAAAUAAUAGAUAAAUCUCAGCUGGACGCAGUAAACCUUGAGAAAAUCUACCGAGAAGUACAAAUAAUGAAAAUGCUCGACCAUCCUCACAUAAUCAAACUUUAUCAGGUAAUGGAGACCAAAAGUAUGUUGUACCUUGUGACAGAGUAUGCCAAAAAUGGAGAAAUUUUUGAUUAUCUUGCUAAUCAUGGCCGGUUAAAUGAAUCUGAAGCCAGGAGAAAAUUCUGGCAAAUUCUGUCUGCUGUUGAUUAUUGCCAUGGCCGAAAAAUUGUGCACCGUGACCUGAAAGCUGAAAAUCUCCUGCUGGAUAACAACAUGAAUAUCAAAAUAGCAGAUUUCGGUUUUGGAAAUUUCUUUAAAACUGGUGAACUACUGGCAACAUGGUGUGGCAGCCCCCCUUAUGCAGCCCCAGAGGUCUUUGAAGGGCAGCAAUAUGAAGGGCCACAGCUGGACAUAUGGAGCAUGGGAGUUGUUCUUUAUGUCCUUGUCUGUGGAGCUCUGCCUUUUGACGGACCAACUCUCCCUAUUUUGAGGCAGAGGGUUUUGGAAGGAAGAUUCAGGAUUCCAUAUUUCAUGUCAGAAGAUUGUGAACACCUUAUUAGAAGGAUGUUGGUCCUAGAUCCUUCCAAACGGCUAAGCAUAGCUCAAAUCAAGGAGCACAAGUGGAUGCUCAUAGAAGUUCCUGUACAGAGACCUAUUCUCUAUCCACAAGAACAAGAAAAUGAGCCAUCUAUUGGAGAAUUUAAUGAACAGGUUCUGCGAUUGAUGCACAGCCUUGGAAUUGAUCAGCAGAAGACUAUUGAGUCUUUGCAAAACAAGAGCUAUAAUCACUUUGCUGCCAUUUAUUUCUUGUUGGUGGAACGUCUGAAAUCACAUAGGAGCAGUUUUCCCGUGGAGCAGAGACUUGAUGGCCGCCAGCGCCGGCCUAGCACCAUUGCAGAACAAACAGUUGCCAAGGCACAAACUGUGGGACUCCCAGUGACCUUGCAUUCACCGAACGUGAGACUGAUGCGAUCUACCCUCCUCCCACAGGCAUCCACUGUGGAGGCCUUUUCAUUUCCAGCAUCCAGCUGUCAAGCAGAAGCUGCCUUUAUGGAGGAAGAGUGUGUCGACACUCCUAAGGUGAAUGGCUGUCUGCUUGACCCUGUGCCCCCUGUCCUGGUGAGGAAGGGAUGCCAGUCACUGCCCAGCAAUAUGAUGGAGACCUCCAUUGAUGAAGGCUUGGAGACAGAAGGAGAGGCUGAGGAAGACCCCAGUCAGGCCUUUGAAGCUUUCCAGGCCACACGGAGUGGGCAGCGACGGCACACUCUAUCAGAAGUGACAAACCAAUUGGUUGUCAUGCCUGGGGCAGGGAAAAUUUUCUCUAUGAGUGACAAUCCCUCCCUUGACAGUGUGGACUCUGAGUACGAUAUGGGGUCUGCCCAAAGAGACCUGAACUUCCUGGAAGACAGCCCUUCCCUGAAGGACAUCAUGUUAGCUAACCAGUCUUCACCCCGCAUGGCAUCUCCUUUCAUAAGCCUCAGACCUACCAACCCAGCCAUGCAGGCUCUGAGCUCUCAGAAACGUGAGGUCCACAAUCGGUCCCCCGUGAGCUUCCGAGAAGGCCGCAGGGCAUCAGACACUUCCCUUACCCAAGGAAUUGUAGCAUUUAGACAACAUCUUCAGAAUCUUGCUAGAACCAAAGGAAUUCUGGAGUUGAACAAAGUACAGUUGCUCUAUGAACAAAUAGGAUCAGAGGCAGACCCUAACUUAGCAUCAGCUGCUCCUCAGCUCCAAGACCUCUCGAGCAGUUGCCCUCAGGACGAAGUCUCUCAGCAGCAGGAAAGUGUCUCCACACUCUCUGCCAGCAUGCAUCCUCAACUUUCUCCACAGCAGAGCUUGGAAACCCAGUACCUACAGCAUCGACUCCAGAAGCCCAGUCUUCUGCCAAAGACCCAGAAUACUUGUCCAAUAUAUUGUAAAGAACCACCUCGGAGCCUGGAACAGCAGCUACAGGAACAUAGGCUCCAACAGAAGCGACUCUUCCUCCAGAAGCAGUCUCAGCUACAAGCGUAUUUUAAUCAGAUGCAGAUAGCCGAGAGCUCCUACCCUCGACCAAAUCAGCAGCUGGCUCUUCCCCAUCAGGAGACUUCACCGCCAUCCCAGCAGCCCCCACCAUUCAGCCUGACCCAACCCCUGAGCUCAGUCCUCGAGCCCUCUUCUGAGCAGAUGCAAUUUAGCCCUUUCCUCAGCCAAUACCCAGACAUGCAGUUGCAGCCCCUGCCCUCCACACCCAGCCCCCGGGCUCCACAUCCUUUACCCUCACAAUUGCAGCAGCCACCCCCACCACCUCCUCCUCCUCCACCUCAGCAGCCAGGAACUGCUCCAGCCCCCUUACAGUUCUCCUAUCAGACUUGUGAGCUGCCAAGCACCACCUCCUCUGCACCAGAUUACCCUGCUCCCUGUCACUAUCCUGUGGAUGGAGCCCAGCAGAGCAACCUCACAGGUGCGGACUGUCCCAGGAACUCAGGACUUCAGGAGACCCCAUCUAGCUAUGACCCGCUGGCCCUCUCUGAGCUCCCUGGACUCUUUGAUUGUGAAAUGCUAGAAGCUGUGGAUCCACAACACAAUGGAGUGGCUUGUCCUAUCAGCAGAUGAAUGCACUAAGCACAAAACGUCUUCCUUAAAGCACAAGAAGAGAGCUACUACACUGAUGCUGCAUCUAGAAACACCUAUAAGUUGCCUUUCCUCUCUGUAGUAAGUGUCCAGGCAGGCAAGGGAAGACUAGGCAUGGGAAGUCUACGGAGAGCCAUCCUGGUUGGUCACCAGCCCAACCCCUGCCAGUGGUGGUGAUUCAAGCAUCUUUGAGGCUGGCCAGAGACUGUAGUUGUUGGGCCCCCACUGGUGCCAGGCUGCUUUGCAAAUGCGCUCUGCUUGGAAUUGGGCUGUGGGUAUCAGCAGGAAUGGUUAGCAGGAGGGACUGUCAUUUUUGUGAUUUAAUAACUGAAAAUCCAGUAAGGAUAAAUUGUGUUUCUUUUAUUGAUUCUGUUCCUCCUCAUGCUUAAGAUUGAUGAUUUUGUGAGAUAAAGAACAUCAUUUCAUUGGAGAGAUCAUUUCAUUAAGAUCUCUAAUACGUUUUAAAGCUUUGCAGAAUAAGCCAGCUAUAAAACGGGGCUUGAUUUGUUUAGACUGGAGGAGGAUGUUUUCCCAAAAUAUACUGCAGAAGCGCUGUAAUAUUGACGAAAUGAAAAUGCCUUCCAGAUUGAAAAUGGGGGCCGCUCAUUUCAGGACUGCAGGAACAGCACCGCUACAGAUUGGCAUAAACCCCUGCCCCCCAACAGGGCUGUGAGCUGCUUAGCCCGAGACUUAGCAGCUAUGGCAGGACAGUUAGGCGACAGAUGAGGGGCUGCGGAGAGGCUGUCAGAAGGUUAAAGGCUGCAGAGAGAAGCCGGGAGCACCCAUCAACAGCCAGCCUGUUAGGCACUGACACACAGAGUGGAGGUGAGGACAGACGCCUGGCGAAGAACACGAACCCUCCUGCUGGAUCUCUCGUAAGCUCCCGUGUGCUCCUCUCACUCCUUUCCAGUAGAAGUCCCUAACUCUAUGGCUACCUUUAUUUCCUGAGAUGGAAGCUGGUGAGAGCAGAUGGGCUCUGAUGGUCACUCAUCUGAUUGCUUCUGUUGUUGUCCCCUAACUAGUGACCAUGGAAGCUUCUAAGCCAUUUCUCCUCACAAGUACUAAAGUAACACUAAGAAGGCUUAGGCCCACUCUUGCUGAGAGGCAGCUUUGAAAUACUGACAUGCUCGCCUGUCAAUUCACAUCAGCAGUGUGUACACUACUGUAUAGUAACCCUUAGCUUUGUUAUCUUGUAAACCAACCUCUCCAAAGAGACUGGUAAUUCAAACAUGAGGUAAAAUUUUCAUUUGGCAGAAGUGCAAUAUGUGUGGUACUUUUUUAUUUUUGUUUAUGGUCUUUUGUUAUCCAGGUAUUACUCUCUGCUUUGGGGGAAAUGCAUUAGUUCUGCAGUCUCCAGUUGGGCAAGUGUGUCUCUAGUAUUUACAUGCAACUGGCAUGCUGGUCCCUGUAAGGCAAAUAGAGGGUGUCAAUGCAACAGCAAGAUGACAGGUUGUAAAGUCCCUCUCCUCUAUUCCCGGGGAGCUGCCUGACCAGUGCCAGCCUUCACUGUGCCCUGACCCGGCCUGUCUGAACCGCCACCUUUAGAACAAAGACAGGGACAGUUCUGUGUUCACAGCCCUCCAGAAUCUACCCAUUGGGAGAUACUGAGGACCCAGGAAAAGCCUCUGGGACUGAUGGGGGAGGUAUGAGAGCUAAUCUGAGCAAAGCCGUUUCUUUUACUUGGCAUCCUCGGAAAAAGAAAGCCAGGGUCCCUCUGUCUCAGAAAUCAAGAUCAGACGUGUUUAAACCCUGUCCUGGUAUCGGGGAGGUAGGACUUCAACCUUUGCCUGCCAUGCUCCCUCCUAACUCCUGCACUGUUACAGGGCCUCUACCCCAUUCUUCCAGUACAACCCAACCAGUGGAGAGACACCCUCUGCCCUGCCCCAGAACUCUUAAUAACGAGGACACUCAGCAAGGACUUAUCACAGGUCUCUCUACCCUGUACCCCAGGAGCCAUUAUACCUAAGGCAGGGAAACUAGAACUGGGGGAAAGGGUGUGUUCUCAGCUGGAAAGUGACAAAGUGAGAAGCCAGAAACUGAAGGAACCCAGAAAGUAGCAGUUUCUAGGCCAGCUGAUCAAGGGUCCCAAGUGUGUAUGCCAGCAUCUCAGAACAUGGGGACCCAGUGGGCUCUCCUCCCUCUAUGGGGUUCUCUAAACAAGCCUGCUUCUUAAGUAUAUGAGGAGCAGAGUUUUCGCUGCUCUGGAUUACACUUUUAUACAUCAGCAAUGAGUUAAGCUCUCUGUUGGUUUAAAGAAAAUUCAUAGUCCAGGUGACUUUUUCACAUUCCUCCUCCUUUAGAAACGAUGUAUAGUGUCAUUUGAUGACACUGAUCCCAGUGGGCCCUGUGCCGGGGCUGACCUUUGCUGCGUUUGUACCCCUAAGCUGGGCUGCCUCUACUGCCUCCUCGGAAGCCAUCCGAGCCGCUCGGUCUCUCUGUGCCUAGACAUCAAAGGUAAAAACUGGAGAACAGGUAGUAAGUUGGAGUCAUUGCCCAGGCAGGGAUCUUAUAUCAUUUUGUUGCUUCUGGAAAUUUUUUACACAACUUACCUUCAAACUGAUUUGUGGGAGACAAGAGCAGCAACAUCUACCUGUUUGUUUCAACACUGGACAAAACCAUACUCCAAAACUUAAGACACAGAGAGAGAGAGAGAGAGAGAGAGAGAGAGAGAGAGAGAGAGAGAGAAGGGGAAGAGAGAGCUCUGUCUUCCAUGGCUGGGGUCCCAGAGAAGUGAGCCUCCAUGGCUUUUCCACCUGCCCUCAAUGGCAAAUGGAAUGAGACAGUGACCCUUCAAGGGUCCUUUUGGUCCUAAAGUCUCUACUCUCCCAACAGCCUCUCACUUAUCUGUAGAACACGUAGCCAUGUUUGCCCAGUUGAUUCUAGAAGACUUCCAGCCUUCCUAGUUGCACCACAUCUUACGUCCACAUUAUAUGUGAGCAGAUUUGAGUAUGUGACUGCAUGGGUUGACAAUCAGGUAGGGAUAGUGCCCAACAGUGUAACCAAGGAUGGUUCUUGCAGGUCCAGCCCUCCCACCUUGCCUGUCCAUUUUCACAACAAUGUACCAAGCACUUUCACAAGUCCUCACAGUCCUCACUCCGGUUCUGUGGAAUUAGCUAGAGAACUAGCUAAUUUAUCACAGCUGAGGGAAGCAAAGCUCUCAAAGGAUACAUGACUUAGCAAGUGGCAGUACAGAGACGAGCACCUUCAUUGCCUGGCUUCUGGCUUCUGUGCUGGAGCCCUGUCCUACAGCCCCUCCCCCCUUUGGUAGCACAUCAUUUCAUAGCACACAGCUAUGUAAACAAAGCCCUGUCCAGACGGCUGCACCCUCCACUUGACAGCUGCCUGGCUUUAAGUGCCCAAUGCAGUUAUCCAGGUGACUGCACUUAGGCAAGGAGGGGGAGACAGACACCAGAGAUUGGCCAUCUUGCUGUCCAAUAAAUUGCAGAAGUGUAGGCUUAAAUUGAGGUUGUUUGCUUAUUCAAAGUUAUGUAAGCCGGUGCUUUUUCUUUUAAGUAUAUAUGGGAAAGACAAACUCCUCCCUGACUGCCAAAGGGCUUCCUUAGUAACAGAGUCGAUCCCAGAGAAAAUGGCUACCCAGAAAAUUGUGAGCUCAACCUUUAUCCUAAAGGGAUGGCACACAGAACCUACCUUCCUUCUUUCCUUCCUUUUUUUCUUUCUUUUUUUAAUAAUCUUUUGAAAUGGGGUCUCACUAUGUAGUUAUGACUAUCCUAGAAUGUCCUGGCUUACUAUGUAGACCAGACUGGCCUCGAACUCACAGAGAUCAGCCUCCAAGUGCUGAAAUUAAAGGUGUGUGUCACCCCCACCCAGCACAUUUCUUUACAAUUAAGUUCUACCAAGUAGGAAGGCUUAUUAAACACUUUCAGAAUUACAGAAUGGUAAUGGGCUUUGAUGAUAGAAUGCUAGGUCUUUUCAGAACCAAAAUGGGUGAGUAGGGGUAGCUUUAAUAAUAGAGACACAGACAACAUCCAGGUGGGUGCAGCAAUGUCACAGUACCAAGUGCAGAUAAAACUGAUGCCUGCCCACCCAGGAUUUUCUCAGUCAAGGAAAUUCACAUGGUUGAACAUCCCCACUACCCAUGGUUUAAAAAACAACAACAACAAAAAAUCUGCCUCUACCAGAAUCUGUGAAGGAGAAAGCAGCAGGGAAAGGGGAGGUUGGCUUGCCUCUGGGGACUGCAGUUUAAGAAGUUAAGAGUGGUGGAGAUUAUUUGCACUUUGUAGAAAGGAAGGGAGUGGUCUUGCUGGAUUCAGCUUGGUAGUUAAGUUACUUUUGAUAAACUUAAUCUGAUUGUAGUCAUUUUUUUUUCUGUGUGCUUUUUAAUUACUAAGAAAAAAAUGUUGACUUUGAUAGCUUUGGUAUUUUGAGUGCAAAUUCUAAUAGCUCCAAUGUGGAAAAUCAAAGUAUAACCUGCCACUCAGUGUUAGAAAAUUGCCUAAAAUGCAGUUUAAUAAAUGAUCUUUGUACCAAAUGGUAAUUUAAAUGGAGUAAUUUUCUGCAAAGAAAAUGUACUGUCUUUAUGUUUCCAACCCUCCUGAAUUAAAAUAAAAACACCUUGUUUUCUAAAAGCCUGGUGAUGUGAAUGUCAGGCUAAUGAGAUUACAGGCAGAUCUCACCUCACUGAAUACUGGGUAGUUUUCAAACUGUGGAAGGUGGCUGUGUUCUCUGAGCUCCGGUGCUCAUUUCACACUACAGAAAGGACAGUGGAUAAUAUGUUCUCAUUGACGUCAGCAGGGUAAAUAAUACCUCGCCCCGAAUUGCUUGAGUACACGAUAGCCACUACAGAUCGCUGAUGGAAACACUGCUAACCACAGCCUGCAUACAGACAGGGCCCCACUGGGCUUGGUUAAUGCUCCUUGAUGUUAGUCUCAGGACAAAGCCCAUCGCUGCAGGUAGUCUGCAAGAGGAACAAAGCCAAGUACAACGUGCUCUUGUUCAGCUCCCCCAGAACAAGUCCUGGAAAGUAAGGUACUCUAAACUGCCAGGAGGGCCAGCAAAGAACACUGCUACUUAAUGACAGUGUCACCUCCUCUCUGGGUCUGUAAAAGGGACACACACACAUCUCUUAAGAUACAAUAUGCAACCUUUUGCCCUGGGUUUUGAAGAAUUCCUUUGCCAAGCUGCUUUCAUAUGUUCUAGACUCAUGCGGCCAGACCCCAAGAAAAAGGGUAGGAGUAAAUCCUGUUCUCUGGCAGUGAGCGCAGCUGAGAUUUGGUUUCCCUUGCUUAAGCCAUCCCCUUGGGCCAGUAUUAUACAGAACUGGAACAGCUCACACUGAGGCAAGCCUGGUGGCUAUGAGGGUGUAUAUAGGGCUGAGAGCACAGAACCCUCACAGCAUGUGCACAGCUGUCCUGCCUUCAAACAGCUCUUCCCCUUGGGAAGAGAAUCCAUUACAAGUUUCAAUUUUCUUUUUCACUUUCAGUGACUGUUUUGCGAACUUGACCCUUGUCUAUUGGAUCACUACAUCAUUGUAAUGUUGUCAUAGGCAAGCACCCAGGCCUCCCCUAAGUCUAAGGACACCUUCACUUCUAUGACAAGCACAAAAGCCCUAUGAAGAGCCACAAAGAAUAGGCUAUGACCAGGCCAGGGUAGGCCACUACCCUGUGGCCUCUGCUUGACCAACUCAGGGACACAACAGGCCAGCAGUAAUCACAUUUCCAAAACUGCCAGUCAUCCUGUGGCCAGGUACGAACAAACAAGCUUCAUUCUUGGGAGCGGCCCUCCUCUUUUCCUCAGUGUCUUGAAUUGUGGACUCAGUCCUUUGAUAUACGGAGAAAUCUUUGGACCCUUCCCCAGAAACCUCACCGACAGAGACAUUCAAGUCUCUAGGAGGACUAUGGAUCCAGUAUCUAGAGGUUCACCCUGGGCCGAUGGCAAAACCCCUUACUCUAUACCUUCUAGAGUUAAAGAUUCUGACAAUGACUUCUGUCUAAGGGUUGCUCAUACCUCCCACUGGAUUCAGGAAAGAAGAAGUGCCAAUUCAGCCUACAGUUCUCAGGGGCAAGGCUGGGCUUUGGGCACUAAAGUCAUUUUUCAAUUUUGGUAUGAUUAUAUAGCUUUUUUUAGUGUCUGAAAUACCAGCUUUAAUUAUGAUGUCGUCACACCUAUCUAUGGAUAUGUAUGUUCUUUGUUCAUUCCUCCCAUCCCUCCCAUAACAUAGGGACCAUUUCAUGAACUUGCAUGUAGGAGCCAUGCUAAUCUCCCUAUACUGUUCCAGUGUUUAUCAAAUGUGCUGCCUGUGCAAGCACUGUGCACUUAAUCUUGAGUGCUACAUGGACACAUAGGAAGUCACACAGACCAUAGUUAUUGCACCUUGGGCUCAUUUAAGCAUAGCUCUAUCCUUUCACUUUGGCUCCAGUCAGAUAUUUAAGGCUCUUGAGCAAUGGAUUUCUGUACAUAGAUUACUUUAGGUGAUGUCCAGUAAGAGGAACUAGGUAUGGGUCUUGAACCGGAGUAGAUGGCCCUUCACUUCAAACAUGGAGUUGUCAUCAGUAACAUACCCGCCACCAUCUGGGCAUAAAGCCUGAGACCACAAGUCACUGAGGCAGAACCUGGGGCAAGGCAGGAGUCUGAGGAAUCAGUUUGCUGAAUUCCCCUCCAUCUAUAGUCACAGGGCCAGGGGACAUUGCCCCCUCCUUUUACAUAUACGUAUGUAUCUAUUGGGCUUUCCUCAGGAUUGCUGAACUGGUUGGCAAUGAGGGAGUAAACAAGCAAACACUUCAGUGGAGGAGCAACAACUUUGCAGACAAGCAGACUGCCCUGGAGCCAGUCCCCAACACUGGCUGGACAGAUAUUUCAGAAAAUGAGGCAGUUGGGUGUUGAAGCUCUUGAUACACUGAGUCACUCCCUCCACAGAGAGGUGUCUUACUCCAUUUUCCUCCUCAUUCCCCAAAGAUGGAAUAAUGAAUCCUGAGUUGCCCAAGAAAAGGCCUGACUGAGAACCCUGACCCCAAGACUGCCCACCAAGCUCAGCUGAACUAAGAGGAUGACAAAGUUUUUCCACAAAGCAUGCCAUACACAGGACCCAGUUCACAGUCUUGCUUGUGUCUAGCCUGAGACCCACUGUGACUGUCUUAGGUCACUACAGAAACCCAAAAGUUUAGUCAUCAAAGUGAGAGCCGGAGGACAGGCAGGCAGUUGGAAGAGCCCCAGGAUGAAGGGCCAGUACAGAGCAAGGCUUAGGAAAACAGACUGGCUCCCCAGACCCAUCCAGAGGGUAGCCAGACAGGCAGGCACUGCAGGUGGGUGGUACCACCCCUUACUGCAGAGACAACAUAGAAGGCAGCAAAAACUCCAGACUGUCUUUAACCCCCAGGCCUGCCACUAACCUUCAGAUCACUGUAAAGGCUCAUUGUCCCCAACUGUGACAGGAGCGUGGCCUGAUCCACACUGCCCUCUAAUAAGAAAACAUGGUUCUACCAACUGCCCUUGACAGCCUGUUACAAUGCUCACUCUGCACAACACUGCGAAAAAAUGGUGAUACUGUUGCCUGUGUAGUCUCUCCUCACCGACUGAAAGGUUCUGACAAACUAGUCCUGGAAUUUCUGAACUUUUGGUAAUGAGUUCUGGGUAGCACUAGUCAUGAGUACCACAGUGUAAGCCCAUCCAGAAGAAUCUGGUGGUUCAUCUUCAUUGUCAACUUGACUGGAUUUGGAACAACCUAGGAGACACCCUGGGUCUAUCUGUGAGGACAUUUGCAGAAAUGUUUAACUCUGGAAGGAAGAACCAUCCUAAAUGUGGGCAAUCUUUAUCAUAGCCUAGUGUCCUGGACCGAAUAAAAAGGAAAGACAAGGAAGCCAGCAGAGUAUCAGCAGUCAUCUGAUCAGACUGCAGACAUCAUGUGACACACUUACCCACCAUGGACUGUCCCCUCAAGCUGGGACCCAGUCUAAACCCUCAUGUGGGUUGUCUUGUCACAGUAACAAAGGUCAGUAACACACAUCCCAUCUAGGCAGCCUUUUCUUCCCCAACUUUGAAGUUAAUUAAACUCAUGGAUGGAGAAAGCCAGAAGGCCUGGGGGAGUCUCUGCACAGACAGCUCCUCAGUCCUCAGGGAGUCACAGGACACCAGACCCUAGGGGCCUGCUCCAGCUGGCCUGUGACCGAUCCAUUUACUUCUAUACUUCUGACCUAUCAGUGGCCUGUGGGAUCAAGCUCCCUUAGCUGAAGGGCUCUAGGGGUGAUCAAACAUCCUUGGGUAGUCCUCUUGGGCCUCAUGGAGCCUCUUCUCUCUGAGUUCAAGACUAAUCUUCUGACUAAGAAGUUACGCUCUUACACUCCUGCCCUUCAGACACCCACAGCUGGGCUCCUUAUAGUUGCCCUUAAUUCCUGGGCAGCUCUUAUGCCCCUCAAUCUGAGGAAUAAACCAGUUGCCUAGCAGAACAGCCUCAUCUCAGGCCAGCCAGAACAUCCUACCUAGGUCACCAGCAAGUCCUGGCUUAGACCCCAGAAGAGACAAAUGCCCGAAGACACAAACCAGAGACUGGGUGAUAGAAACGGGCAAAACACCAGUAGAACCAAGGGUAGGGGGAGCCAGGGCCAGCGAAGGUAAGCUCUUAGCUGAGACUCGGAGCAGGGACGGGGUCUGGUCAGUGUCUGUACAGAACAGACUGUCCAGGCAGAGAGAAAAGGAAGAGGAGGGUGGAUUGUCAACCCAGUGUCUGCACCCUUUAUUUAUGAAUGUUUCGCUUGAUCUGGUCUCCAAACCUGGGCUCAGUGAGGAGACUCAAUGUCCCUCACAGCUGCUCCUCCCUGCAACGACAAAACUGACAUCACUGUUGUCAGGGAAAUGGUGUUUUGAUUAAAACCAUGUGACAGCUACUUCAUGAUUCAAUAAACAAAUCCACUGUUAACCCUCGCCGGGCCUGACAAGCUCGCCAGCAGCUGUGGUCAGAGCACCCUCCGCCCAGGAGGGAGUGACUAGGCCGACCUGAAGGUAACAGUGUGAGAAUGGCUCAAGCUGUUCCCUGGCAGAUCCUGCAUGAGCAACAUGAGUCAGCAAACACACAGAAGACCAUGCAACUUCAAGAGCCUCUCUCCAUGGCACUGAGGCAACAUCCACCCUUCACAAGGAGGAGCCCUGAGCUGCUCUCUUAAACCAAGCAAGAGGCACAGCCCUAAGACAUCAGAUGACUCCUUCAGGGCUUUGAGACCAGUCUUCUGAACUCAGUUCCCAGAGUUCUCAACACCCAGAUACUCUCCCUAUGAGGACAGUGCAGUGAGCUGGCCAAGCAACAUAAAAAGGGGUUAAGAACGAUUUCUGGUUUGCAACUGGAUGACUUCCUGGAUCAUUCACUUGGCUGUGGAGCCCUGACAUGAAAAACUGUCUGGCAACAGGCAAGUCCCUUUCCAUUUCACCCCAAGGGCAUUUGCUUUAGUGAAACAAGAGCAAAGAAGGUUCCCUGAGUCACAGAGAAGGGGAAUUUUGUGGGUAAAAUGAACUGCAGCCUCAGAGAAUUAGCACAGCUGGCUUCUAAGGAAGAUUCCCAACCACCUGAAAUGUGUCUAUGUAAACAUGUACUGCAAGGGAAUAAUAUGCUCAAAGGCUUGUGGAGGUAUUACAGUAGUGGAGGCUCAAGAAAUGGUGGCUAGUGCUGUUCUCAGCUGGAGAGCCUUCUUCAGACGGACCAAGUCAGCUGUGGCAGGGGGAUGCUUCAAGUGGUCAGGACUCAGCUCAGGUAUUCUCCAUGAAUUGAAUGGCAGGGCCAAAUGGUCCUGUGUAUGCUGGAAAACAACUUAAGAAGUGUGUGGCUUAGGCCCCUAAGGAUUCACUGUUCUUACUACCCCAGGCAGGCUUCUUCCCUCAAUGAAGUUCUGUAAAGUAGACAAAAGGGCAUGAAGGGCUGGCACCUCAGGCAUCUGCCAGGGCUCAGGCUGUGGAGGCUUUGUAAGCAGCAGUCAGCCAGCCAACAUUUCUCCCAUCAUGCAGCAUGCAACAACACCCCUGGGGCUGACUGAACCAGAGACAGCUGGGCAAUUCAAACAGGACAAGUGUGCGCAGACACAGAAGAGCGACUAUUCAGAACAGGAGAUCGAUAACGUGGCCUCCAUUUACAGAAAAUGAAGUCAGGUGGUUUAAAGUCAAUUUUUUUUUAUCAGUGGCAACCACACAAUCCACUGGAGUGUGGAGAGCACCAACUUCUUGUAGUCACUGUAACUAGUCCAAUGUCAGCACUAGGUAGCCCAAGCAUAACUACCCUUCUACCACUGGCCACAGCUGGAACCCCUGGGACUGAUGAAUCGAAACUCUGCAUCCCUGCUCCAUGUAAUUGUACACAAAAUGGGCUUGUAAAACAGCAUGGACUCUUGUCUUGAAUAGAAAUGACUCCCUACCUAAGUAGAACUGUACCACUAACUUCCCAGCCUGUGUGGAAAGUAUACAGGCUCUUCCAGUCUACCCUUUUGUUGUGUGGGUAUCUUCUCAGACUAAGGAAGAGUCAAAAGACUCAAACCACAGGAAUGAUUCUGGACAAGACCACCACUUCAGAGGCAAUGAAACAGAGCAAUACUUUAAAAUAUACUCUCCCAACCCCUGGAAAGGUUGCCUCUCCAGGACAGUGUGGUAGGAACUGCUUCUCUGCCCACCUUGCUGGGAUUCCCUAUCGCAGCAGUAAGCUCUGCUGGCUACUCUCAGCCCAGAAAGGACAGGGCUCUGGCCCCAAGUUUCAGGGGCACUUACCUUCCCAGUGUCCUCUCCAGGCACUCGGGGUCUCAGGAAGAGAUUCUUGUCACCCCCAGGGAUGCUGGACUCUUCUUCACUGUCCUUCACAGGAAAAUCUAGCUUCCUCAGCGUUUGUGCCACCACUAGAGAUACAGACAGCAACGCUGUGACUGUCCCUGACCAGGGCAUGUCUCCUCCCAAGCCCACCUGUGCUUCCCAGCCAGGAUGCCCUCAGCUACCCUGGCACCAUGAUGGCCCAACAGCACACCAAGUUCUGGGCAGCUGUGCAGAAAAAGCCAGCCCUCACCAGGACUUUACUUAAGGUGCCUUUUUGCUCAAGAGUCACCCCACUGGAUCUAACUGGGGUCUCCCCCACCAUCUUGGUCAUGGGUAGCCUGUAGGGCCCUGAAUAAACAAAAGAUCUAACUCCUUUCAGAACUGAUCAUAGCAGUUUAAGACAACAACUCCGAAGAAAGAAAUGACUUGGCUUUUCUUCCCAGUGAGUAAUUAAGCUCUCUUCAUCCUCCAAAAGAUUUCCAUCUCAACUGAACAUGAUGUCAUUUCCUGGAAACAGCAGGCCCAUGGAGGCAAAUGAGGAACAGCAAGGCUAUUCAAGGUACAGAAAAGGACUGGAUAUUUGAGAAGGAAUAGGAGGGACAAGCAAGAUAGAGGCUAUAAGGGGGAGGAAGCAGUGAGAAAGAACGGCAGCCACAUCACAGAUUUACCAGGGACACGGUGUGUGUUGGGGGGGUGUAGGGCCUCCUGUGCACCUGACAUCCAAGUGGACAGUAAAUGACAAAGAACAGCACCUGGGGGGAGGAGUGCCGGGGAGGCUGAGCACACGGCUUGUCUGGCUGCCUUGCCCCACAUCCCCAGUGUGAUGGAUCCAGGGACUCUUCUGUAGGGAACACCAGGCUUUCGGCUCAGGGACACAGUGGUGUCAGAAAGCCACACAGGUCUUCAGGGGUGUUACGCAAGCAUCCUGGACACUUAAACAAGACACCUCGGUCAGGCUGUCUCUUGAAUAAGGACAAGUCCUCCAGUAAACAUACUCCCCCAUCCCCAGACCCACAUCACCACAGUCAAACUUGGUAUUUCCGUGAACAGAAGAUUGUCCUUUAUUUUGACAAAGCUUCAUUCAAAAUCACACAUUAAGCUGCUUAUCCUUAUGAAACAAAAUCCAUCUUUGGGCUCCUAUCUCAUUGGCAGCACAUUACACACAUAAGAUCUAGUAUUUUAAGCUCAUGAUGGGUAAACCCUAAAUAAUCUGUCGAAGAAAAUCACUAAAAACUUCACUAUUAAUGGAGCCAUUUUAACUGGCCUAGGAUGCAUGUGUUUGUUAGGCUUCACUUUCUGAAAAGGCUCAACUGCUCUAACUGCCCUGGUGCAAACAACAACAAUUUACAUGUUUAAAGCAACCAGACAAUUCCAAAAGAAUGAUUCCUCAAGCCGGGCAGAGUGGCACGCCUUUCAUCCCAGCACUCAGGAAGCAGAAGCAGGGACAGCCUGAUCUACACAGAUAGUUCUAUGUAGGCUACAGGGAGAGAGAAAAAUCCUGGGGCUGGGGACUGGCUUAGGUCAAAGGCUAUUAUUUCCUAGGAGCAAAGAAAAUCUCUAAUUUUAUCAAUUAUAGAGUGAGACAGUCUGAUGACUCUGUUCAACACAUCAGAGGGCAGACUUUAGAAAUCACUCAGUGAACAGGAUUUUAAUAGCACCAACAAUACAUACCAGACACUGGUCUAGGCAGCAGUACAACACAAAACAGACCAAGUCAGCAUCAAGGAGCUUGUGAAGAAAUCAAGUAUAAACAGUAGUAUGUGAAGAAAACGGCCAGACUGAAGCUGAGGAGCAGCUGCUAUGCAGGUACCACAAGAAGUUCAUUGUGUACAUCAGAAAGAAUAGUGAAGCCUGUAACAGCCACCCAAAAACAGACCCUGCAUGCUAUAUAACCUUUAUUUGAGAAGACAAGGGUUCACUGCCCCCCGCCACCCCGCAACGUUCAAUAGUCUUUGGCAGAAAGGUAAAUGCACAAGGCUGGAGGUAGCAAGACAGGGAUGCUUUCCAAGUUUAUUCCCAAGUGAGUGUAGCAUGUGGCAUUUCCAACCAAAAUCAAGGCAAUAAUCUUCCAAACAUAAAACUCAAUAAAAAGGAGUAUAGCCUGCA